AUGCCACCCAAACGGAAGACUACAAGCACUACCAGCCAGGCAAAACGCCAAAAACCAGCAGCAAAAAAGACCAACGUUAAAGCAAAAGCACAGCAGGAUGGCCAAGUGAUGUUUGCAAAGGCAUGCGAAGGAUGGUUCAACAAGUACAAGGACGAGGAUGAAGAUAUAAUAUCCCCUGAAGGAUGUCAAGCUUUUUUCAAUGAUCUUGGUGUAUCGCUUGAAAGUAUCCAUCCUAUCAUCAUCGGCUGGAAGCUCAAUGCCAGUAGAAUGGGUUACUUUACUAGACAAGAAUGGAUGCAAGGAAUGACCAGCUUAAAAGUGAACUCUCCAGAGAUGCUCAAGGCUUUGUUACCCCAAUUGGAAACAGCGAUAAAGGAUCCCAACUUAUUUAAAAAGCUCUAUCUUUUCACCUUUGGAUUUGCAAAAACAACAGGCCAGAAAAGCAUGGAAGUCGAUGUGGCUAUCGCAUUGUGGCAAUUGCUACUUGAACCGCUUUCUUAUCCACAUAUCCAAUCCUUCAUCAGGUUCUUGCAGGAAGAAAAGCCGGUCAAGGUGAUCAACAAGGAUCAAUGGAACAGCUUAUUGGAUUUCUGCCGCUCGGUACCUGAAGAUCUUAACAAUUAUGAUAGUACUUCCUCAUGGCCGGUCCUGCUUGAUGAGUAUGUAGAAUGGAGAGCGAGAGCAUAG